CACGGGUUUUUCGAGAUGUCCGAUCCAAACCACAAAAACGAUAUGAAUUUAGAAAACCCAGGCGGUUCUAAGAACUAUGAUGAAAAUGCUACAGCUAGCGGCCAUUCCCUCGUAGACAUAAAGGCAUACGUAGCAUGUCUUGAUAAGUAUGACUUAGAAAGACAAAGAGUAGAGGCGCUUUCCGAGAUGUCCAGUGAAGUUGAAAUGUUAAAAAUUUUCGAAGGGACAGGGGAAGGAUCACAUCAAAACGGAUCUGACAACAACCCGAAUGCAGGGCAAUUACAAUCUGGAGAUGAUGGUCGACGCCAUACUUGUUCCUCUGAGGGAGACUAUAGGGCCAAUCGUGUAUCACCUGUCAUCUUUUUUGAAGGAAAACGGAUUCAAGGUAAUCCAAAGGUAGAUCAAUUACAAUCUGUAAAUCAUGCAGAUCAACCUCAUACAUCUUCAUUUGAGGGAGAUUAUGGUGUCAAUGGAAUAGACCCUAUUAUCAUUUUUGAAGUUGAACCAAGGGAUGAAGAUAACGCACAAAGUGUGGCGUCCGAAGGAAUAGGAACCGAUGUUGGAGCACAAUCCAGCACCUCUUCCGAAGAGCCAAAUACAAAUGAAAUUGAAAUUGGUGCCGAAGCUAAGAGUGACAAUCAAAAUGAAUCACCAAAACGUAAUAUAUUAGAAUCAGCAAUUUUGCAAUUACAGCCACCAGAUCAUUGUUAUCUUUACCAAAACCUCCCGGAAUGUAUAAGAUGCCCACAAUACCAAAUUUGUUGUAUAAAAGCGGAUGAUUACUGCCGAAGUUGCCAAUCAGUUGAAAGUUCCAUCACGCAUUUCCUCAAUGCAGACACUUACGCCAGUAACCUUCUCUCGUAUUACUGCUGCCCAAGAAUGGAGCAUCUAGUUUAUCACGAUAAAAGAAGACCUGCAAUCCCAGAGGUACAAAACGCAGAAAAUGUAGCUGCGCAGAACGAAAUACCAAUUCAAAAUUAUGAACCACCUGCUAGGAAAGAACAAAAUGUAACUCCUGCUAAACACCAUGAACAAUCUAAUUCACUUAAUUCAGUUAAAAGGAAAAAUUAUUACCCCAAAAAGCAGAAUAAUUUUAAUAAAACAACAACUAAUGCGUCAUAUUUGAAACAGGGGGCAACACCAAAAAAGAAGCGAAAUCUUGAGCAAAAAGCUACAACAUCGGCAAAUGAAAAUGUCGAAAAGAAAAGAAAUAAGCCAAAAAUAUUUCGUAACAAACAAACUCCUUCCAAAUUAAAUACUCCACCACAAAAGGUUCCUGCAAAAAAUAAGAAAAAAGAACCCCCAUUCAUGGAACCAACUCGUGUUACGGUUCCAAGUCAAGUCUGCAUUCAAUUAAGAAAACGAUUGAAUGAAGAACCACUUUAUAAGGUUCAUUUUGGACAUAUUAUUAUUAAUGUGUACAGUGCUGAUGAACUUAGUAAGGUUCCAAAAUAUUAUCAGGAAUAUUUUGAAAAAAUAAUGUCUGACGAAGAAAAAGGUUUGAUUAAUUAA